CGAUGUUCAACAGAUAGACAUUUAUAAAAGAGAUUAUUAAUUAUUAUGAAUUAAAUGAAAAAACACCAAGAAACAAGACUGGUUUUCCUACACAAUACAGAUAAACCUGUAAUAAAUCUAUUCUAAAUUUGCACCAACCUCUGAACCAGUGGCGGUGGGGGAAUAACCCAAUGGUCAGCUCGUGCGCGCUUCAUCAUAAGUAAAUUAGCUAAAGAUCUGCAAAAUGGUUGAACAGAAGAAUAUUUUCUUUGGACUUGAUGGAAGAGAAUUUGCUAAUGAAAUAGCUGAACUUAGCUAUAAGCAUUAUGACGCUCUUCCAAAGAAGGGGAAACCACAGUUAGGAAAAGAAUGGACUCUUCUUUCUGCUGUUAUAAUGACAUGUACAACAGGCGAAGGUUUGUUAACUCCAAAGGUUAUUGCUAUGGGGACAGGAUCGAAAUGUUUAGGUGAAUCUAAACUCAGUAAAUCAGGUGAUGUUGUUAAUGACAGUCAUGCUGAAAUUUUAGCUAGAAGAAGUUUUAUAUGUUAUUUAUAUGAGCAGUUAAACUUGGUAUAUAAAGGAGAUGAAAGUUUAGUUUUUCAACCACCAGAUGAAACUAACAGAUGUUGCUUGAGAAAUAAUGUGAAUUUUCACUUAUUUACCAGUCACACACCAUGUGGCGAUGCUUCUAUAUUUCUUAAGAUAUCUCCAGAAGUGUUAUCUGAUGAUUGGGGUGGUGAUGAAAGUUCUUGUUAUGAAUGCCCACGAAAGCGGAAAAUAAAUGAUGAUGUAGAUGUCAAAAAUAAAAUACAUAAAUUAUCAGAUGAAAGCUCAAAUAUCAAGACUUGUGAGGAGAAUAUUGAAAACAAUGUUCAGCAAGAUACUGGACAAUUUGAUCAUAAAGUUAUAAAAAAUGAAAGCAGCUGUGAUAAAAAGAUUCCUGUAGACAUUUAUAGAACUGGAGCUAAGUGCGUUCCUGGUGGAUUUCAAGACACUCAUGGCAGCAAAUCAGAUUAUCAUUGUGUUGGAGCUUUGAGAAUAAAACCAGGACGUGGUGAUAGAACAAUAUCUAUGUCGUGUAGUGAUAAAAUAGCACGAUGGACUGUUGUAGGAAUACAAGGAGCACUACUUUCUCAUUUCUUAAAUUCACCAAUAUAUUUGCAAUCAGUUAUUGUUGGCAAAUGUCCCUACGAUCAGUCAUCCAUGAAAAGAGCACUGACAGAUAGAGUUGCUGAUGUCACCAAUUUAGCCAAUCAUUAUACCUUGACAGCACCUUAUCUGUUACAGUCUGGUCUAGCAUUUAAAGAAGGAAGAAAUGAUGAAGAUUCAAGUAGCAGAUUAGUUCCAACUGCUGCCGGUAUUACCUGGUUUCGAAGUAAACAGUUGGGAGUUAGUGAAGUCAGUGUUAAUGGUAAAAAACAAGGUGUUACUAAUAAAAACAAAAAUAAACCAGAAGCCAGGUGUACAGUCUGUUGUAUAGAAAUGAUGAGACGUUUCUUAAAACUCAUAAAGUCUAUUCCAUCAGAACAGCGGCCUCCUUCUGUCAAGUAUGUAAUAGAUGUAUUUAUUGGAUCUUUAGAUCAAGAGAACUGUACAUAUCUUGAAUGCAAGAUUGCUGCAGUUUUCUACCAAGAGGCUCUUGAUAAACUCAAAUCAACGACAUUCAGUACAUGGGUACAAAAGUCACGUGAUUAUCUUCAAUUCAAACUCAACUAACCAAAUAAAGAUAUCUCAUUCCAAAA